UAUACAUGAGGUGAGAUAAUAUUUCCACCUCUGAAUAAGUCUGACGCGUGAACCUCUUUGGUGUGGCGCGUCCCUCAUUAACGAAACGCUUUUUUGUCCCCAAUCGCAUAACGUACUGUAGGGUGUAGCAACGUGCAAACUUCACAACAGAUAACAGACCUCGGCCACUGCGUGAUCAUCAUUAUCUGAAGUCAUAAUAAUACAUUUUCCGGACAGAAUUUUCACAACUACAGGCAUCUAUAAUGGUCCAGACCGACAUGGAUUCCGGGGAGGAUGGAGGUGGCGGCGGGGAGCCCGAGGUGAUCGCUAAAGCCAGUGUCUUGGGAGGUUUUACCGAGAGCACUGAGAUUCGAGCCCUGAUCUCCAGCCUACCAGUGGUUCACGAGAACAUCGUGACACUGGAGUCAGCCAUAGAGAGGUUCCUCGUGAUAAUGGACCGUUAUCAGGAGCAGCCCCAUCUUCUGGAUCCACAUCUGGAGUGGAUGUUGAACCUGCUGUUGGAGCUCAUCAGGAGUGAACAGUCUCCUCCUCUACUGGUACACCUGGGCUUCAAAUUCCUCUACAUCAUCUCCAAGGUGAGAGGGUAUAAGAUCUUCAUGCAGCUCUUCCCCCAUGAGGUGGCUGAUGUCCAGCCAGUCCUGGACCUCCUGUGUCGACAGGACCCCAGAGACCCAGAGACCUGGGAGACCCGCUACAUGCUGCUGCUGUGGCUGUCUAUGACCUGUCUGAUACCCUUUGACCUCUCUCGUCUUGAUGGUCACCUGACCUCUGACCCCAGCCAGACAAGAGAGCCAAUCAUGGACCGCAUCCUGGCGGUCGCCAAGUCCUACCUGAUGGUCACUGAUAAAUCCAGGGAUGCUGCAUCUGUGUUGGUAUCAAAGUUUGUGACACGUCCUGAUGUGAAGCUGAAGCGACUAGGAGACUUCCUGGACUGGAGUCUGACCACCAUCUCUCAGGCCAGUGACCAGACCAUGGGAGGUACUGUAAUCCUGGACGGAGCCCUGCAGUCUCUGGCCCAGCUAUUCAAGCAUGGCAAGAGAGAUGACUUUCUCCAGUACGCUCCGGUGGUGCUGCAGUGUCUGGACCAGUGUCACGUGGCAGAGAGCAGCCAGGCUAUGCUGAGGAAGCUGGGGGUCAAGCUGGUACAGAGACUGGGUCUGACCUUCCUCAAGCCCCGACUAGCCAAGUGGAGGUACCAGAGAGGGAGUCGCUCCCUGGCAGCCAACCUGUCUCUGUCCCAGUCUGGCUCCACAGUCGAGGCUGUUAGUCCAGACAUGGAGACCCAGAGCCAGGAGGAGGACUAUGAUAUCCCAGAGGAGGUGGAGAACGUCAUCGAGCAACUGUUGGGUGGGCUGAAAGACAAGGAGACCAUCGUGCGCUGGUCUGCUGCUAAGGGUAUUGGGAGGGUGACAGGGCGACUCCCCAGGGAGCUGGCUGACGAGGUGGUUGGAUCUGUGUUGGACUGUUUCAGUUUCCAGGAGACGGACAACGCGUGGCAUGGAGGCUGCUUGGCCCUGGCAGAGCUGGGGAGAAGAGGCCUGCUGGUGCCCUCUCGUCUCCCGGACGUUGUGCCUCUGAUCCUGAAGGCCUUGGUCUAUGAUGAAAAGAGAGGAGCGUGUAGCGUUGGUUCUAACGUACGAGAUGCAGCCUGCUACGUCUGCUGGGCCUUUGCCAGGGCCUACGAACCCACCGAGCUGAAGCCCUUCGUCACGCAGAUCGCAUGUGCUCUGGUGAUCACUGCUGUGUUCGACCGAAACGUCAACUGUCGUAGAGCUGCAUCAGCUGCCUUCCAGGAGAAUGUGGGAAGACAGGGCACGUUCCCCUACGGUAUCGACAUCGUAGUAGCAGCUGACUACUUUGCUGUUGGGAACCUGAACAACUGUUACCUGUCCAUCAGUGUUUACAUCGCCAGUUUCCCAGAAUACACCAGGCCCAUGAUCGACCACUUGGUAGCCAUGAAGAUCAACCACUGGGAUGGGGUGAUUCGACAGCUAGCGACAAAGGCUUGCAUAAUCUGACGCCUCAAGCACCUGAUUAUA